AUGACGUUUCAGGAAGUUCACGUGAGAAAUGCGUGUGUGUUGACAGCCAGAGAUAGGACGUACAUGAGCCAUGUUGCAGUGUCCUAAUCUGAUCCAACUUUUGGUUGGAGGUGAUGCAUCAAGAAUCGAUAUUCAUUCAGUUCCAGUGGUCGAGAAUGCUUGCGAUUUCUACUCUCAGCAGUUAGCUAGAAGAGGCGCUGGACUGGAGGAAAACAGCUCACCGUUUAAAUUCACACCCCAGAGAAUUCGCUUAGACAAAGAUGAUGAGUUCUUUGUGGAUGGCGAUGUGCACCGACACUUGUACUUGCAGGAUCUCAUGACACCUCUCACAGAAGAAUCUCCAGCAUUAAACAUUUCAGAAUUCCAGUGUCACAUUGCCGGCUGUAAGCAGCUCUUCGACACUCUUGAGGGAUACGAGCACCACUACAAUUCACUUCAUCGUCAUGUGUGCUCCAGCUGCAAGCGCUCCUUUCCAUCCAACCGCCUGCUUGAUAUACACAUAUUAGAGUGGCACGACUCUCUCUUUCAGGUCAUGGCAGAGAGAGAGUGUAUGUAUCAGUGUUUGGUUGAGGGAUGUGGACUGAAAUUCCGAACCAGCAAACAAAGGAAAGAGCAUCUGAUCACAACUCACAGCUAUCCAUCAGACUUCAGAUUUGACAAUCCAAAGAAAAUCAAAAGAGGAACAAAAGAGGAAAAGAUUCCGCAGCAGGAGGAAAUGAGUUUGACAGGGCCUGGUAAUGUAGUUAGUCGACAUGGAGAAUUAGAGAAUUGUGAGUUGAUGGAUUUUUCUCUGACCCAAGAGUCCGAGUGCCAGGAGCUUGUCCUUCCUGUGCGACAAAAGCCACAUUAUUCAUAUAAGGUGCCACCAACUAUUUGCUUUGGCCAUGGCUCAGUCAGAGGCUUCAGAGGUGGAAGGAAAAAGAAGUAGGGGAACGCUUGCAUUUGUUACAUACUAUAUCUUUUACAUGACCUUUCGUUUAUGUGCGUCCAGAAUGAUAUUGGAGGACUAUUUUUACAAUAAAAAUAAAACAAAAGCAAAAUCCCCAA